UUGGCCAUAGCCUUAGAUUUGGUGGAAAGUAUAUGUGUAAAAAAAAUUAUAUUUUAAUUUAUAAACACAUAUUAUAAUAUGAUAUACACAGAGUCCAGAGUACCAGUUUAGCAGUUUAGCUAUGAAGAACUUUCUUUGAGUGAAAUUAUAGAUUUAAUGCGACAAUGGCGCGAAAAUAAUGAGAGGAAAAGUGAAGACAUCAUGGAACUUUGGUUGAAUGUUUUAGAAACUAAUCUUAAUAAUUAUGGCAAUGAAAAAUAUGUAUUAUUAGAACAAAUAAUUUAUGCGGCACUUGACUGUCAUCAGUAUGGGGUAGCUAAUGCACUGAUAUACUUAUUAACAAUGGAAUUCCCAGGAAGCCUGAGAGUUAUGCGUUACAAAGCUGCAUUGCUUGAAGCCGAGGAGAAGUACGAUGAAGCUCUGAACAUUCUAGACAGCAUCAUAAAAGCCGAUGAGACAAAUGCAGCUGCAAGAAAGCGACGAGUUGCCGUCCUCAAAGCACAAGGCCAUAUUAAUGAAGCUAUCAAAGAAUUGGCGGACUAUUUAAAGAAGUUCAUGUCCGACGUAGAGGCUUGGCAGGAGCUUUGCGAGUUGUACUUGCAAGUUCAGGAGUACGGACGCGCCGCCUUUUGUGCCGAGGAACUGAUCCUGCACCAGCCACAUAACCACCUCAUGCACCAGCGUCUCGCCGAUAUCCGCUAUACAAUGGGUGGCGUGGAGAAUAUGGAAUUAGCAAAAACCUACUACUGUCAAGCAUUAAAACUAAAUCCUGACAACAUUCGCGCUUUAUUAGGCUUAUUCUUGGUGGCCAAUAAUCUGGUGGGUCACUACAAGUCAUCAGGCAGUUCAAAGCGGAAGGAAGCAUGGAAGCUAGCCCAGUGGGCGCAAUCCAAGACUGCAGCUAAGCAGAGGGAAGCGCAGUCCACAGCUUCACCCAACCUUGCUGAUAUGAUGCUGUCCCUUUCACUAGCUGAAUAAUUCCAAAAUUAAAUUUAAAGAUUGCGGACAGCUUAAGAAGAGUUAACAGGAAAAGAAAACAUGUUUAAUUUAUUUUGUUAACAGAUAUGACUAAAUAAUUUUAUCUAAAUGACUUUUUAUUUUUAUCUUUGUGUUUUAAUAUAUGGAUGGUUUUUGUUUUAUAUCAGUAAUUUGUCUGAGUGUAUGUAGCUUACAAUCGAAGGUAUAUAAUUAGCUAUAAAUAUUACAAUUUAUAAAUAAUCUGGUUGUUUAAAAGGCUACCAGCCAAAAUUGGCAAUUCCUUAAAAAAUGAGUUAUAAAGAUAUGUAACUAUUUAUUACUUAUGAAAAAUAAAGCCGAUAUAUAAAAUGUAUCAAUAUAGUUGUU